CUCCCCCCCCGUGGAGGUGCGUGUGGUGGCGCGCAGCUGUCUCCCGCUUGAGGUACCGCUCCCUGCUGCCCUCCCUGCUCCCACUCCGCCGGCUGUGCCCGGGACCCUCCCGGAACGCGGUUGUCCCUGCAGCUGCCCGGCUCGUUCGUGGGGCCUGCGCAGAGCGCCGAGCCGUGCCGCUGAGCUGCCGGGGAUUCGGGCCGUGCUGCCGCCUCGGGAGCGGUGCGUGUCAGGAGCUGGAGGGGGCAGCGCUGGAGCACCUGCGGGGCAGUGGCCGGAGAGUGCUUCUGGAAGGGGGAUGUCCCGCAAAGUCACGGCCGCUGCCGGUGCCCAGUGUGCGCUUCCAGGGCACUGCGCGGUGCGUGGCGCUGCCGCCUCCCCGCUUGGCGCCGUUUGCCUCAGGGAUGCUUGAACUCCACGGAGGCAGACUUCUCUGCUGAAGGAGGUGCAUGCCAGAGGUGCUGGGGGUGCACUGAGCUUUCGUGCCUGCUGAGGCAGGCGGCGAGCUCGCUCCUUGCUGUGCUUGCCUGUUUGAUUGACGCUGGCUUCCAAAUUGCUACGACCGUGCCUGAAGGAAAGCGAAGGAGCCGCAUUUUGCUGAGAGUAUUUUCCUGGCAGGGGAAGGCACGCAGAGCAGCAAAACGUGCCAGGGAAGAGUUGCCUUGAACCUGGAAGUGCCGGUCCAAAUCCUAACACAACUUCCACUCAAGCCAUGCUGUUGUGAAUGAAGCCCUUUUGCUCCAGCCUUAUCUCACUCAGCACACUGGGGGCUGCCCAUGGCAUUGCAGCAAGCUGAUCUGGAUUAGUUGUCGGUGUGUCAUUGCUCCAUCUGUCUGAACUGCUGAAGAACAUUGCAGAGAACAUGUUGGACUUGAGCUUCCUGACUGAGGAGGAGUAUGAGAAGCUGAUGAAGGUUCUGCAGAGAGAUGCAGAGCUAAAGAAGAAAGAUGGGGAUCGCAUCAGACGGAUACAAGGCUCCAUCAAGGAUGAAAAGAAGAAGAAGUUUGUGACAGGUGAAUGGUUUUCAGAAGUGAAGGCAAAACGGUUUCAAGAAGACUUGGAGGGUUCAGAUCUGCUUCGGGCAUCAAUCAGAAGGAAAAAGGGCAAACUGGAAAAUGAGGUCAACGAGCACGUUGGGAGAAGUCUGGAAAGCAAAGAUGCCCCAGGUCUUCCCUUCCAUGAGCAUGCUGCUGGCACAGGAGAGGAGAGAUCCAGCACACCUGCUCUUGUUACUGCAGAGGAGCAUAAAAUCUUGCCAAAACCAAAGCCAAGACAUUCUGUCCUGCUGUCUGCAUCACACAAGAGAUUCAGUAUACAUGAUGUUUCUUCCUCGGAGAGUGACACUGGAGCAAGUCCAUUUGCAGCUGCAACAGACAGCUUGCAUUUGUCUAGAAAAGGUAAUGGACAGUCUCCACCACCUGCCAAGCUUUCAGACGAUGCUGUGCCACAGCCCAGCUGUGCAACUGGAGAAGCUGCUGAGGGGGCCACCACAGCAGGACCAAAAAGUGCACCUGAAGAAGCUCAUGCUCCCAGCAGGAUACCUGUUAAGAGGAAACCAAACAGAAGUCUGUCCAGAUCCGAGCAGUUCGCGAAUCACCUGGGGCCGGCAGAGAACAACCUUGAAAAGAGAGAGCUACUAGCAAGCCCCAGAUUGCUGACCACAGAGGGGGAAAGCAGCCAGACAGUGAAGCCAGGCGUGAACUACACAAUCUCAUCAAUGAGUAAUAAAGAGGAGGACAUUGGCCUUGAUCGUGAGCACUUCAAGAAUUUGAAGAACUUCUGGGAGAAAGGAGCAGACUCUGUGAUGAUGGGAAGCAUGCCCGAGUCUCCAGGCUCGCUGGAGGCAGAUGGCAGGCAGUUCAAGCUGUGCCGCUCGCUCUCUGUGCAGUCAGGCCAUGGCCAAAACAGUGAAGAAAAACCUGGGGCCUUCACCAAAACAAGAACCCCUUACAAAAGGACAAUAACUUUAUCUUCCAGUGAGGAAGAACCAAGCUACGUAGCUCCUGUAAGGAAGGGAUCCAUUUCCAUUGCUCCCAGGUCUACAUACGCCAAGAGCAAAGGAGGCCUGGUUACAAGAAAUAGUUCGCUGGGCGAAAGCAAUGGGAAGCCAUCGGUGCCAGAGGAAGAGAAAGCAGCACAGCGCAGCUCCAAGAAAUCCAGAUUGCCUGUGCGAGUGCCUUCCAUCAAAAUCGAGUCUCCUACCAAGGAAGUAUCUGGCAGCGUGUUUGAGCCAGAGACGCCUACAGAGAAGUUUAUUGUGGCAGAGGAGCGCAAGCGCACAGUGAGUUCUUUGGCAAGCAGGGCGCAGACACUGAUUGAGCCUGCGCUUGCAGGUGGUGACAAAGAUGAUGAGAAAGCACAAAGAUCUGAUGUGGGCACUCAUGACAACAUGCAGAUAAAUGGAGAACUACCUGAGGAGAAAACAUGCCAGUCUACAGAGCAGCCAACAGCCAGUGCGCCUGCCGGAGGGAGAGAAGCUGUUCAGAAGAUGGACUCAUCUGUUCACUCAGAGGAAGAUGGAGAUCAUUCUCCUGCUGCUCAUGCUUUGGCCCAAGCAAAUAGCGUUAUUCUUGCAAAGAGUAUGGUGAACAUUUACACAACCACAGAGACGUACAGUAAACCUCUUUUGAUACCCCAUCAAUUUCUUGAAGCUGAAAGAGUCAAAGAACUGAGCAGAUCCUCUCCUCUCCUGUUGUCUGAGACAGAAUCAGACACGGCUUCGGAAAUCAGCUUCCAGUUUAGCAAGCACAAAAAGACUCCUAGCAUUGGCAGCCACUCCUCUGACAUGGCAUCUGUCUCCUCGGUGAGUGGCAGUGUCCUCAGUGUGUACAGCGGCGAUUUUGGGAGUGUGGAUGCCCAGGGUACGGUGGAAUUUGCACUAGACUAUGAUGAGAAGAACCGUGAGUUCCAGGUUCACGUGUCCCAGUGCAAGGACCUGGCUGUUGUGGAUGAGAAGAAGGACAGAACUGACCCGUAUGUUAAAACUUACCUGCUCCCAGACAAAGCUAGAAUGGGUAAGAGGAAAACCUCAGUGAAGAAAAGGACAGUGAAUCCUGUUUACAAUGAAGUGUUACGGUAUAAAAUAGAGAAAAUGGUAUUGCUGAUCCAAAAAUUAAAUCUCUCUGUUUGGCACAAUGACCCACUGGGACGUAAUAGUUUCUUGGGAGAGAUUGAAUUAGACUUGGCCAGCUGGGACUGGAGCAACCGAAAACUCAACUGGUAUCCACUCAAGCCCCGGAGUCUUUCUGCUGUUAAUGGUGUAGAUCAUCGAGGAGUGAUGAAUUUGUCUAUUAAGUACGUCCCUCCAGGAAGUCUAGGUCCCAAGAAUCCUCCCUCUGGUGAAGUUCACAUUUGGGUCAAAGAUGUCAAAGACCUUCUGCAGUUGCGUCCUUGUGGAGUUGACUCCUUUGUGAAAUGCUAUGUGCUUCCAGACACAAGUAAGAAGAGCUACCAAAAGACCCGAGUCGUAAAAAGAGACACAAACCCUGUUUUCAAUCACACUAUUGUGUAUGAUGGCUUUCAUACAGAGGAUCUGAAGGAUGCUUGUGUUGAACUGACUGUGUGGGAUCAUGAAAAACUAACCAACCAUUUCCUUGGAGGAAUCAGGCUGGGCCUUGGGACAGGUUUGAGCUACGGCAUCCCUGUGGACUGGAUGGACUCAACACAAGAGGAGGUGGCCUUUUGGCAGGACAUGAUGUCUGCUACCAAUGAAUGGAUUGAGGGGUUGCUGCCACUACGCUCAUUGGCAGGGAGGAAAAAACUGAAAUAACCUGCUAUAUGUUCUAGAGCAAGGCUGAACGUGUUUGUUAGAUGUAGGAAACUUCCUACCCUGAGGUGAUAGAGACCAUGGGGCUGGCAAGCAUAAGGUUAGUAAGGCAAUUCAUGGACAGCACUUUGGAGGUGUUAAAUGUUAACUAUUUGUUCCCUGACAGAGGACCUGGAAAGUGCCAAACUGAUGCUAUACUUGAUUUUGAACAAGAAGAAAUGUUACCUUUUUAUUUAAUGAGUGGAUUUGAAUCCAUUAAAUGCUGGCAACAUCGGCAGGAAAGAGGAGAUCCAGAUAUUUAUUUAUUUUUUUUACUCUUUCUUGUACUGCUUUUUUUUUUUUAAUCCGUGCAGAGAUGUAGUUGUACUAAAGCUUCACUAUAGUAUUACUCAUAUUUACCUGCAAGUGGUACACUUUGUACUUUAUGUAGGAUUGCUCCAAGUCACCAGCCAGCACAGUCUGAGAAUGAGAGCUUUGCCUUUGUGACUGGUGGCAACACAUCUGUACCAUGAUGCAACUGAGAUCCAGGGUGAAAGAGAGGACUAUUUGAAGCAGAAAAUAAAGCAGUCCGAGGAGGAUAACAACCAGGAAUUCAGUAUGUUAAAUCCUUUCUGCUUUAGUACAAAAGAGAAAAGAGAUGGUCCUGCACCUAGUAGGAUUUUGCAAUCAGGAACUGCUUUCCUAGCUUUCCCACAGGCUUCCUCAGUGACCUCAGGCAAGUUACUCUAUUAAAACACAGUUUCAGUGCAAUAUAAAUUGAAGCGCUUGCCUAAGUGUAAAGUAACAUUACAUUGCUAGUGGACCUAAUAGCAUCUUUGAAAUGCCUUGUGUGCAAAAACAUUUCAAUAUAAAAUAAUGAUGUAGGGAACAGUCUCGUGUUAGCCUGGCAUAAUGGGUCAGGAAAAAUGGUCAAAACUGCAGUGGAACGCAGGAGAUCCUGGGAGAGGUAGGCAGGGAGUGAACCAAUGCCAAGGGAAGCUGCCGAGCUGAGACCUGGGGCGACCUCCUGCCUCCACGUGUCCUGCUCCCCUUCUUGUCUGCCUCUCACCUGAUGCCUGUCAGAUGGUUGUCCAGAACUGGAGCAAACUUCUUGCCAGUAAUUGCAAGAGCUUUGUGUCUGGCGCGUUAACAGUGGUAGAGCGAUGUUAUGAAUGUAUUUUGAAAUGCAGCUCUGUAAUUUGUACUUUGGAUGUACAUAUUGUGAUUAAAUAGAAUGUUUUUCUUUAGCCGUCA